AUGGCGGAAAUGCAAAAUUCGAACCCCACGAUCCUCAACGUGGCCGAUCUCCCCACCAGAUCUCCAUCCACCAUCAAAGCCGCAGAUUACGGGAACGGCAUAUUCGCCGCCGUCCCUAACCCGGCGGAUUUUCUCUCCUCGGACUCGGAGGACGACGAUCUGCUCGAAGAGCCCAUCGACGAGCAGGAGAUCUACGACUUGAUCAAAUGCAUUUCAGAUCCCGAACAUCCCCUCUCGCUAGGUGAAUUGGCUGUGGUCUCAUUGCCCGACAUCUUCAUCAAACCCACUCUUCCCAACGUCCCCGACUCCCCUCUCCAGACCGUGACCGUUCUCAUCACUCCAACUAUCACUCAUUGCAGUUUGGCAACGGUGAUAGGACUCGGUGUCCGGGUGCGACUGGAGCAAUCCCUUCCCCCGCGCUUCCGGGUUGACGUGCGCAUCAAGGAGGGAACACAUAGCACUGGCGACGAGGUCAACAAGCAGUUGGGAGAUAAAGAGCGGGUAGCCGCCGCCCUGGAGAACGGCGCGCUGAUGCAGGUCAUCGCCAAAAUGAUGGAGACGUGCCAGUGA